ACCAAAAUAUUAUUAAAUAAGCAAUUGAUCGGCAGAAAUGCCACGAUCCCCAAGAAGCUCUCAUUUGACCAAUUGACUGGAGCUUCAGCGACAGUGAACUCAGAUUUCCGUAAGUUCUCAGUGAAAGCAGCUAUGGAUGAUUUCAGAUCCAAAUCAUGCGGGAAUGGAAUGAUGCAGAUAGAGAGCUACUACGGCAAUGGCUCGGGGCCCACUUCCUUCGGCGGCAUCAAUGGAAUGCAAGAUCUCAGGUGUUACAGUGCGUCCUCUGCGUCUUCGGUGCAGUCGCCGACCCAAACCCAGAUGGGCAACUAUGGCGAUAGGUUCAAGAAGGGCAAGUCCACAAAUGGGUAUGCUUCGAAAAGCUGGAGCUUUAAUGAUCCGGAGCUGCUGAGAAAGAAGAGGGUCGCUAGCUAUAAGGUUUAUACUGUGGAAGGCAAGCUCAAAGGCUCUCUCAGGAAGAGCUUCAGGUGGGUCAAGGAAACCUGCAACAGAGUGGUCUAUGGGCGGUAAAUCAUUUUUCUGAAAUGCUUAUCAGCAGUCAAAAGGCCAUUUACCAUGGGAAGACCUCCUAGUUCAAGACUAUAUAUUCUUACUCUCCGAUUGACCUCAAAACACCAACCAAGCUCUUCAUAGCUUCAAGUUUCAUGGUUGCCAAUUGAGGCGGUAAUAAUGUGGUGGAAUGUGGCAACACCAGGAGGGACACCAUGGGCAGUUUUAAGAAGGCCAUUUACCGCCCUCAUCCACCAAAAAGUUUCAGAAAAACUCAAGAACAAAAUUACUAGUAUUCUCAAGAAUUUUAAAUCCAAAGAGUAAACUUUCCCAGUAAAUCAGAGAAAAAAAAAAUCAAAAAUUUUUUUAAAAAAUACACUGUUCACCACUUCACUGACUACAAAUCCCAAACCCACCUCCAAAAAACUCAGAAUUACCUAGACCCACUCUCUAUUUCUCUCUUUCUCUUC